AUGUCUUCCGGCUCCUUCUUCCUCAUCAACAUCCCCGGCCUGCAGGAAAUGAACCUAGGUCAACAUUCAGGCACGGACAACCCCACCCACAUAGUAUGGACCGUCGACGACCACGACGGCGGCGCGACAAAGUCGUACACGUGCGCCUUCUGCAAGAGAGGGUUCUCCAACGCUCAGGCGCUAGGCGGGCACAUGAACAUCCACAGAAAAGACAGGGCCAAGCUCAAAGAAGCCGCCGAAGAUCUCUACCGCAACCAAACCCUCCUCUCUCUAGACAUCUCCUCCAGAGACACGUCGUCAUCGUCCACGUCGCCUCCUCCGUCCGAGGAUGCGUUAGGUAUUAUUAAUACUACCCAGCCGCCGCCGCCGCCGCCGCAGCCGGUGAUGGAGACGGAAAGGGAGCAGGUGUUGGACCUUGAGCUGCGGUUGGGACCGGAGCCGCCGCCACCGACGACGUCUGAAACGUUACCAUCGACAUCAUCGCCGCCGGGGACGAGCACCAGAGGGUUAUUCCUAUGA